CGUUCCCUCCCCCACGUUUUCAGGCAAAAACAUGCACACGGCGCAUGAUCAAGAGCACAGUUUUAUCUUUGACAAACUAGGUGUUUCAACUCGUUCCACAUUAUUCGGGAUUUUCACAAGUGGAGACGAAGGUGAGGAUAUUAAACUCCUCCAUUUUUCCAACAGCUGAGGAAGCUAUUUCCACACUUUUUCUUGUCUUUGACGACGACAGCUACAGACGUUGAUCAUUCUUUGUGGAAAGACUCGCAGCAAGACACAAAGGAGAGACACUGAGCCAAGUCACCAAGAAAAGACAGAUAACUUACAAAAGGAAAGCAAUUUUCAGAUGGACUAAAUCGUGAGAGGAACUUUACGUCAUGUAAAGGAACUGAAUCAGACUUCAACGAAUACUAAGAAGGACAACAUUUAUCAGGACAUUAAAUUCAUCAUGGUUACACUUAACACUCAUUCUGUGACCAUGCCUGUUGGCAUUGUACGGAUGGUGGAGGUUGUGCUGUCAUGUAUCACCUUCAGUCUUGUGGCCUCUGUGGGACACAACAACUCAUCAUACUGGACCUGGUGCAUGUUUACUUGGUGCUUCUGCUGCUUUAUGACUCUUUUAAUCCUUAUCCUGGAAUUCACUAGUCUCCAUGUAAAGGUACCCAUCUCCUGGGAUGACUUCACUACUGCAUUUGCUAUGCUGGCUACACUUAUGAUUUUGGCUGCCUCAGUCAUCUACCCUACCUUUUUUGUAUGUUCAUCUUGUUCUCGCCAAAUUGCUGCUACUGUCAUAUCCUGCCUGUGUUUUAUUGCAUACGCUUCAGAGGUCAGUCUGACUAAGGCAAGACCUGGUGAGAUCAGUGGUUUCCUGUCGACAGUUCCAGGCCUGAUGAAGGUUCUUGAAGCUUUUGUUGCCUGUAUCAUCUUCAUCUCUCUCGACCAAGUCAAACGCCCGCCCUUGCAGUGGUGUGUUGCAGUUUACUCACUCUGUUUCAUUUUUGCUCUCCUCAUUAUCAUCCUCACAAUCUGCAGGCUGCUGUCUUUGUGCCCGUUUCCAUUUGAUAAAGUCCUUACUGGUUACAAUGUACUUGCUGUUAUUAUGUACAUGACAGUAGUAGUCAUAUGGCCUCUUUACAGUUUCCAGGAUAAUCCAAGACCACCAAACUGCAAUCACUGUUCUUGGGACAAUCAAGUGGUAGUGUCCUUUAUGUCCUGCAUCAAUCUCAUUGUCUAUAUUGUGGACACAUGUUACUCAAUUCGCCUAGUAUUUAUCAUGCCUGCUUAAAAGAAGACGAAUGGGAUGGUAACUUUUAAAGCAAAAUAAAUAAGAUUGCACUGAAAUUAUUUCAGUAAAUUUUGAUUUUGAAUAGAAUAGCCAACUGUUUGUGUGAUCAUUUAUGCAGGAUUAAAGAAUAAACAAAACAACUUACAAAUUCCUGUAAUAACUAUCUAUCUGUCUAUAAUAAUCUAUCUAUCUAUCUAUCUAUCUAUCUAUCUAUCUAUCUAUCUAUCUAUCUAUCUAUCUAUCUAUCUAUCUAUCUAUCUAUCUAUCUAUCUAUCUAUCUAUCUAUCUAUCUAUCUAUCUAUCUAUCUAUCUAUCGCUAGUCCAAUAAGUCCUACUAACACAACUAGUAACAAAUCUACUAAUAGACUACAUUUAAAAAAAAACAAACAAAAAAACAUAUGUACAUUGUCAAGCAACAUUGUUCCUUUUUAUUUCUUUCAUUUUAAAUGAUUAUAUUCUGCUCACAGAAACUAGGUUGGACUAUUUUUAUUAUGAUUUUGCAUUCUGAUGUGUUUUAUAUCAUUUGAUAAAUCAUA